UUUAUUGUCCAAUCUUUUUACACUUUUCGACCAAUUUUCUUGUCAACUGGAACCCGUGGACACUUAUGAUCUGCAUAAUAAAAUCAGAGGCAAUCAUUUAAAAAGCAGAAUUCUGCGUAGAAACCUUCUAUAACAAAGGAACAAUGAAGGUUGCUCUUUGGAUAUUAUUUUUUCUCGCGAAAUUCGUUCACUCGGAAAUGGAUUUGAGUGUAGUUGAAAAGUAUUUUCAGUAUAGAAACAUAAAAUCGGCGACAAUUCUUACAUGUUUUAAUAAGAAAGAUCGUUUAAACUUGUUCAGACAAUUAAUCACAGUUAAUGCGAAUUUAAUUAUACUCGAUAUGUCUGAUGCAAACUUCGAUUUGAAAACGAGCGAUGUUUCGAGAGCAGAGAACAAACAUUUAGGUUUGUUGAUUGAUAUGUAUUGUCCGGAGGCCGUGGAUGUCUUAGAUUUGUGUUCCAAAUACAAUGCUUUCAACGUAGUCCAUCAUUGGUUGAUCUUCUUACCGACCUACGAUUUACAGGCGAUUUUUCAAAACGUUUCCAUGACGAUAGCGAGCGACGUGACUGCGGUUGUUAAAUCCAAGGAUCACUGGGACGUUUUCGAUAUUUACAAUCAAGCGUUUCGUCAUGGCGGAAAAUUGAAGAUUUAUUUUCAACAAUGUUUGUUCGAUAGGUUUCAUGGUGAACGGAUCAGCCUCUAUUGGAGAAGAAAGAAUAUGACUGGUGUUACUUUUAAAGCUAUGGUUGUGUUACCUAGAAAGUUUGAAGGAAGCUUAUUAGAUCAUCUGAUGAGCGAUGAACACCGCGAAGUGAACACAUUCAAUAGAUUCCACUCGCUUUUAGUCUAUCACGUACGCGAUUUCUACAAUUUCACUUUGGAUAUGUCGUGGACGCCUUCGUGGGGCUUCAUUUUGCCGAACGGUACUUUCGACGGUUUGGUGAGAGCUUUGCAAAUCGGAGCUGUGGAUUUCGGUGCGACUCCACUUUUCGUUAAGCCAGAAAGAUUACCCUUUGUUGAUUACGGAAGACCCACUUGGAUUUUACGUUCUGCUUUCAUUUUUAAACGUCCCAAACGUCCAGCAAGUUUUGAGGUGUUUCUUCGACCGUUAGAUGGAAUGGUUUGGUGUCUAACGGUGAUUUCGAUCAUACUCAUUGUGGUUCUCUUCAAAAUUUCUUUAAAUUCCGAACGUAGGAUUAAAGUUAAUGCGAAUAUUGAAUUCGAGAACACGUGGAGUUCUCUUUUCCUGUGCGCUAUUGGAGCGAUAUGCCAACAAGGUUCAUCCGCAGCACCUAAAUCGAUCACAACUCGCGUUUUGUUCAUCUUCAUGUUCAUUUUUACCAUUCUCCUCUAUCAAUUCUAUUCUGCCAGUAUCGUGUCAACUCUCCUCAUGACUCCCGAAAAGUUCAUAAAGACCAUCGACGAUUUAAUCCGAAGUCAUAUUUACUUGAGCUGCGAAGACACUCUCUACAACAGGGAUUACUUAGCCAAGAUAAAGAACAGAACUUUCGUUAAAUUGCUAGAGGAUAAGGCUCUGAAAUGGGGCAACGAAAGUUUUUACAUGGAACCAGAAAUGGGAUUGCGUUUGGUGGCAAAAGGAGAUUUCGCUUACCAAGUAGAAAUGGCCACUGCGUAUCCGAUAAUCAAGAGAACAUUCGACGACGAUACAAUCUGCAGUCUGGAUGCGAUCGAACUUUUGAGCAUGAAACAAACGUUCCAAGCCUUACCGAAAGGGUCACCGUUCAAGGAUAUGAUGAACACCAUUUUGCAGAAGAUAGCUGAGAACGGUUUGCUGCGAAGACAGUUGAAUCAUUGGUCGGAAAGUGAACCUGCUUGCAUCCGGGCGACCAGUGCAAUCGCCUCUUCUGUUAGCAUAGAAGAAUUUUAUCCUGCCCUUUCCGUCCUCGCGAUCGGUCUCAUCCUAAGUAUUAACAUUCUACUUGUAGAAGUAUUCAUUAACUACAGAUCACUACGACAAACUAAAUCUAGAACGAUACCUGAACACCGCACAGCAGAUAGAGAUAGACUGUACGAAUGAUUUACUUAAAA